UGCAGGUGUAGUGUCUCAAGGCACUCAUUCAAGCCCAACCAUCUCUACUGCCUGCUGCUACUGGCUACUGUUCUCUUUGUCCCUCUUAAUUUUAGAAGCAAAGGCACCGAGUGAGAUUAAGAUGGGUUGCAAGGUUCUUCUGGUCACCCUUCUAUUGGUGGGCAUAGCGUCUCGGAGCUCUGCCAGGAGCCUGGAGGCAAAUCACCUGUCUGAGCAGAAGUCCGGGUACGGAGGCGGUGGUGGGGGCUACGGAAGCGGCGGUGGCGGUGGCUAUGGAGGAGGCGGCGGCGGCGGUGGCUACGGAGGAGGAGGCGGCGGUUACACACCGACUCCAACACCGACGACGCCCAGCUACACUGGAACCUGCGACUACUGGAAGAGCCACCCGGACAAAAUCAUCUCGUGCGUGGGCUCCCUGGGCAGCAUCGUGGGCUCGUUCGGCGACGUGUGCAGCUCCUUCUACGGGACCAAGAUACAGACCCUCAAGGACGCCCUGUGCAGCACCCGGACCGACUGCUACGGCGACCUUCUGCGCGAGGGCGCCGCCGCGUACAUCAACUCCAUCGCCGCCAAGAAGGCCCACUUCGCCUACACCACCCACCAGGUCAAGGACUGCAUCGCCCUGGCGCUCACCUCUGAGGUCGCCGCCGCCGCGCAGGCCGCCUUGUUCAAGAAGGCCAACCAAGCUUGCCACUACUAAUUAAGCCACCUCUACCUGCUACCUGGUAGCUAGCGCUGGUUAAAUAAGUCAUGUAUACCAUACAUGCGUCAUGCGUACAUGCGCGUAUAAUUUCCUCAGCUAGAAUUUGUGUGUUUUCUUUCCAUUUGAUGAUGCAUGCCAUGCCACAUCGUUGUCCGGGCGCACCUAGUGAUGCUUACUUGCUUUUCUUGUCGUUGUUUGCUGAUGUAAUACAAUUCAAUAAUAUGAUUUCAAAGUUUCUUUUUUCUAA